GGCAUCUGAAUGAUCUGGGGACUUCACCCUCAAUGACCGUCCCUCAUACACGUACGCUUGCAAUUGUUCGUAUCUUCCAGCCUGUAGCCGUCUAUCCACCUGCCUUCCAUCAAGUCUUUGCUGAUGUCUGAGACAGAAACAAAGACAAAGACAGAGACUCUUUUCUUCCCUGCAGUCAAGCAGCAAGAACCGAUAAGUUUUGCUCCAAUAUUGCUGAUACCCACGAUCUCUGCUGCAAAUGUACCUCAGCUCGCUACAGACUUACUCAUACAUUCACUUUCUCUGCCACUACUCGGUCAUUUAGAUGGCCGUCAGCUCUAUCCCUUUGCUGGUCCACGCGAGUCUACGACCUCUGCAAGCGUAUCAUCUACAGGCUUCUGUACAGCGCUUGAGGUCUAUGGCAAUGAGACACUGACUGUGCUGCAUCAACGCUCGCCAGUCCUUCCACACGCCACGAAUGAUUUUUUGGAGCAAGUUCUCAAGCCAUUCAUCAGUAGAAUUGGCGCCUUUAAGCAUGUUUGUGUGCUGGCAUCGGCAGACGCGACAUUCAGGGAUGAUGCGCAGUUGCAAACACCGAUACUAGCCUUUGAAGCCACCGAUGGCUUGGCAAGUCGUCUCAGACAAUUGAGUCUAGAUGGUCUCGAGAGAGAAGAAACUGACCGACCAAAAUUGUAUGGAUCAGGCAAAUUUUACAGAUACAUGGAUGCCGUGUCCGCCUGUCAAAAGUCGCUUGGUGUUUGUCGCUUUGCCUAUCAAGGAGACAAUCGAUCUGAUGCGAGGCAGCUCUGUGAAGCUGCUUUGGCGCUGUUGCAGGUGGAUCGUCCGACGUGGCGAGAACCACCGAGUUGGGACACGCUUUUCGGCCCGCCACUACAGAUUGGAGAGCAAGGGGGCCUCAUUUGGUAAGAGGAGGGAUGAUUCUCUAUCUAGUAUGACUGCCCGAAUGAAUGCUGAAUGAUGUAUGUCUAUCGUCUUGCCUCAAAGGACACCCGUCGCCACGCCAUGCACCAUGCACACUGACUUUUGCAAUAGACACCUGGUCGUUGCUUAGGCAGUAGCCUCCUUGAGGUAUGUGAUGAGGUCGUUUCGGUCCUUGGGCUUCUUGAGACCGCCAAAGGCCAUCUUUGU